GUAUUUGGUUGUUGAAAACGUUCCUGCACUUGGCUUAACCAAAGAACUUCUCGAAUUAUUUGCACUUUAUGGGACCAUAGAAGAAUAUCGAUGCCUUGAUGAUUAUCCAUGUGAAGAAUUCACUGAUGUUUAUUGGAUAAAAUUUCAAUCACUUCCUCAAGCAAGAGCAGCAAAAAGGAAGGUUGAUGAUCACAUCUUCUUUAGUUCGAAUCUAAGAGUACGUUAUGGUCCAGAGUAUGAAACUAUUGUAGAUACAAGACAAAAAUUAAUAGAUAGACGUCAUGUAAUUUCUAUUAAAACUAAUGAAAAGAAAGAUGAGAAUACUUUAACAAAAUUUCAAAAAACGCGGCCAAUACAAUCGAAUGAUGCACCGUCACAUCCGGUUCCAGUUAUGUAUCCUCAAGAAGAUUUAUCUACCUAUUAUAAUUAUUCAAUUCAAUCUCAUGAACCGCCGAUACCUGGAGUUGGAUAUCCAACUUCAUUUUCAACAAGUUUGACUUCUACAUCUUAUCAACCACAUAUCGAUUCAAAUUCGCUAUCUUCUACUGUUAAUGCUAUACGACAAAGAAUUAACGAUGCUUCAUCAAAUCCUACAUCAACAAAGAAAC